AUGGGUGGUGCCCUAGCUAUUGCAAGUUCUGUUUUGGUUCCGGGAAUUGAUGCUGUGGUAUCUUUUUAUGGUGUGCCUUCGCGUGAGCUUGCGGACGUCACCAAAGCUGAGGCACCUGUGCAGGCUCACUUUGGUCAACUUGAUACCUUUGUUGGGUUUUCAGAUGUUGAGACUGCAAAGAAUUUACAAUAUGAACUAAGGAGAACAGUUGAACAUGAGGUGUUCAUCUACAAGGGAGUCGGGCAUGCCUUCAUGAACAGGUCCCCUGAAGGGAUUGAGAGAAGGAAAAGGAUGGGAAUAAAUGACGAAAAUGCUGAAGCAGCAAGUGAGUUGGCCUGGCUCCGUUUUCGUGCGUGGAUGGCUUAUGUUUUAUCGGUCUGA